GUCAUCGUGAAGCAAGAAGAAGAAGAUGUCACUUUUGUCAAUAUUUUGCCGGCAAAAUUUUUGAUUUUUAUUGUUGUUCGGUUUGUUGUCCUCAAAUUUUACGAUUUUGUUCAAAAACAUUUCAGUCUUUUGUUGAAGCUCAUUUAAAAUGUCUAAAAGAGUAAGUCAAACCAAUACACUUUUUAACUAUUUCUCUUCUCCCAAAGGAAAAUUGACUCCCAAAAAAACUGGAGAAACUUCUAACACACCAAGUAAAACAGUUAACACCCCUUUAGAAAACAAAGAAAACAUAAAGAAAGAAGUUAGAGAUGAAGAAAGCGAUGAGGAAAUCAGAUGCAAAAAGAAACGUAGUCGCGUUGCUUUAAUUGAUAGUGAGUCUGAAUCUGAGAAUGACACACCAGUUAAAAGGAAGUCCUCAGCACCCCAUAGUAGGCCAUCGAAGAAACAAAAAAUUGCAUCUGAUGAAUCUCAAUCUGAAGACUCUGAUAGUGAGAAAUCCUUGAACGAAUCAAAAUCUGAAAUCUCUUCUUCAUCUCAGCAAUCCUUAAUAAAUUCAUUUGGAUUUAAAAAAAAAGAAGAAAACGGCGAAGUGAGAAAAUCUGUUGAUGUGAAAAAGCCGGAAAAAAAGAAAGAAAAAAUAGUGGAGAAUAAUACAGAUUCCAGUUGGCCACACGAAAAGUUAGAAUUCUUAAAACCUGAAAAAAUAAGAGAUGCAGAAAAGAGGAAGCCCUCACAUCCAGAGUAUGAUCCACGUACAUUAUAUGUUCCGCCUGAUUUUUUAAAUCAAGUAACCCCGGGUAUGCGACAGUGGUGGAUGUUAAAAAGUCAGCACAUGGAUUGUAUCUUGUUUUUCAAAAUGGGCAAAUUUUAUGAAUUGUAUCACAUGGAUGCAGUGAUUGGAGUGCAAGUUCUUGGAAUAUCUUACAUGAAGGGUGAAACUGCUCAUUCUGGUUUUCCUGAAAAAGCUUAUGGAAAGAUGGCCACUACUUUAGUUGAUAGGGGUUACAAAGUAGCUAGAGUUGAACAAACUGAAACACCAGAAAUGAUGACAGAAAGAUGUAAACAACAGAAGAAAACUACAAAGUUUGAUAAAGUUGUAACUAGAGAACUAUGUCAAAUCUCAUCUAGAGCGUCUUGUGUGUAUGGACCUCAAAUGCCUGAAGCAAAGUCAAAUAUGGGAUGCUACCUGUAUGGAAUUGCAGCUAAAGUAUCAAGUGAUGGAACGAGUAGAUUUGGAGUCACCUUUGUUGAAACUUCAAUUGGCAAAUUUUAUAUGUCUGAAUUUGAUGAUGACAAAUUCUGUUCAAAGUUACUAACAAUAUUCUCAGAAUAUCCACCUGGAUUAAUUUUAACCGAGAAAACAUCAAAUUAUGGCUAUUUUAAAAGCAUUUUAUCCAGUAUUAUGAAGGAUGUAAUGCAAGAAACUUUAGCUCCAAAGACACAGUUUUACGCUGCUUCAAAAACAUUAGAGACCUUAUAUUCGCACGCUUAUUUCAAAGACAAAAAUGGCAAGUUUGUAUGGCCCCACGCUUUUAAUGAUGUCGCAGAGGAAUGUAAUCCAAAGCAAGAAUAUGAAUUAGCACUGAAGUCGCUGGGAGGUGUUCAUUGGUUCUUGAAAAAUUCACAAUUAGACAUACAGGUUUUUUCCAUGAAUCAGUUUGAAUUAUAUAAUCCUAUCGUUCUAAAGGAUGCUGGUCAAAAUGAGGCAAUAUAUAAAAGAGAUCACAUGGUCGUAGACUCUGCCACAAUCAAGCAUUUACAUUUGUUAGGUGGUGCUGGAAGUCUUGAGAGGAAACUUGAUUUUUGCAAAACAGCUUUUGGUAAAAGGAUGUUGCCAUUAUGGAUCUGCAGACCAUCCUGCAACAUCAACGAAAUAAAAUGUAGGCAAGGAGCUAUCAGUGAAAUUUUUGGAAAUGCCCAAAUAUUUAAAGCAACACAAGACAUAUUAAGUAAACUGCCCGAUCUGGAAAGACAAGUUGCCAAAAUUCAUGUUUACGGAAACAAAGUUUAUUCGACAAAUCAUCCUGAUAGCAGAGCUAUUCUCUAUGAGGGCAAGUUUUAUUCCAAAACCAAGAUUAUGGACUUUAUCAAAACUUUGAGAGGAUUCGAGUUGUCUCAGCAAAUAGUUUCCAUAUAUGAAGAUUGCGAAUCUUCUUUGUUGAGAAACUUAACUCAGUAUGAACCUAAAGGGAUAUUUCCUGAUUUAACAGACACUUUGAAGUUUUUUAAGGGGGCUUUCAAUCACGAACAAGCAGAGAAAGAUGGAUCUAUUAUUCCUAAAUCUGGCGUUGAUAGCGAUUAUGACAGAGUUCAGUUGGACAUAGAAGAAAUUAAUAAAGAGCUGCAGAAAUAUCUUAAGGAACAAUCGAAAUAUUUUGGCUGUGAAGUUACUUAUUUUGGAACAGACAAGAAAAGGUAUCAGUUGGUAAUUCCUGAAAAUAAAGCCCGUAAAGCUGAUGAUUCUUAUUAUUUAGAAGGACAAAAGAAAGGAGCAAAACCAGUGAAGAGAUUUACAACAGAUACAACAAAGGAACUUCUUCAAAAGAUGAUGAAGGCUGAAGCUGAAAGGAAUAAAAUAAUCAGAGACUUGAAUCGGAGAAUUUUUGAAAAAUUUAGUCAAAAGUCUGAAGAAUGGCAACAAGUAAUCCACUGUCUCACAGUUUUAGACCUUCUCUGCUCAUUGGCACAAUAUGCCCGGAAAUAUUCAGGAGAUAUUUGCAAACCAGAUGUCCAAGAAUUCUCUAAAAACCCGUUUAUUUCAAUUGCUAAUGGAAAAUUACCUAACGCCCCCUACAUAGAUAAUUUUGUACCAAACGACACGAGUUUAGGUGGCCAAGAUGCAGCGCCGCUGUUAAUUUUGACAGGUCCAAAUAUGGGCGGUAAAUCCACUUUGAUGAGGCAGGUUUCCAUAAUUUGCAUCAUGGCACAAAUGGGUAGUUUUGUACCAGCAUCGAAAUGUUCAUUGAGCUUAAUAGACCGGAUAUUCACGAGACUAGGGGCGUGCGACGACAUAAUUAGGGGACAAUCCACGUUUUUCGUCGAAUUAAGUGAAGCCUCGAUGAUACUGAAGCACGCCACGAAGCAGUCGUUGUUAAUUGUUGAUGAAUUGGGAAGAGGAACCUCAACUCAUGAUGGUAAUGCCAUAGCGACAGCUUAUGUGAGGAAGCUUGUGGAAAUGAAAUGCCGUACAAUAUUUUCAACGCAUUAUCACAGUUUGGUUGAUCAUUUUGUUGAUGAUAAAAACGUGCAUUUGGGGCACAUGGCGUGUAUGGUGGAAAACGAUGACGAUCCAUCAGAGGAAUCAGUCAUUCUUCUGUACAAACUGGCAGAAGGUAGGUGUCCUAAGUCGUAUGGUUUCAACGCGGCCAAACUGGCUGGCGUUAAGGCCGAAGUCGUUGCCAGAGCCCGCACUAUCGCUAAAGAGAUCGAGGAUGAAGACCUGUACAGAAGGACUUUUACAACGAUAUUCAGUAGAAAAUCAGAUCCAGAAUACGUCAAGCAGUUACUUAAGAACCUAAAAAUAUAAGAACCAUUUUUUGAAGUAAGCUUUGACCAUUUUAGUUAGUUACUAUUUAAUAUUAAGAAGUUGUAGUUAUUAUAUUAUUAAAUCUUGAUUUUUACAAUGCUUUUUAGAUUUCUAAGUAUAUCUUAAGUUUAAUCUAAAUCUAAGUGAUGAGUCCUUGAAUGUUCUGUUACAAGUUAAUUAAGAAUAUAAAAUAUUAGAACCCCUUUCUAAAGUAAGAUCUGAGGAUAUAUAGUUGCCAUUUAAUAUUAAGAGCCAUAAUUUUGUUGUUUUAUGUUCCUUUCAGUUUCUAAGUGUUACAUCUACGUAGUUUUUCAAGUUAAAAUGUUUGUUGAUAUUUUGUUACGUUGAAUCUCAGGCUUAUGCAUCUAGCCAAAGUUAUCAAUAUUGUAUGACGUUCAAAAAGACAGUAUUUUUCAAAUAUAAGUUGUUAGUAUAUUA